UCUCCAGGGCCGUCGUCAAGGAAACGGCCGGGACCCCCCCUCAGCGUCGUACUUCCGCCCCGGCCGCCGGUCUUGAGGCCCUCCCGGCCCCCGUCGAUCCCAGCGCCUGCCGAGCGAGGGUUGCUAGGGCAACGGGGAAAGGGAGCGGCGGCGGCGGCGGCGGCGGUGGCCGCCUAAGGCCUCCAGGCCCAGCUCUCCGAGUCUCAGGAAUUACUGUGAAGAAAUACAAGACAUUAAAGCAUCAUGGGGGAUGAUAGUGAGUGGAUGAAAUUACCCAUUGAUCAGAAAUGUGAACACAAGUUGUGGAAGGCCAGGUUAAAUGGAUAUGAAGAAGCUUUGAAGUUGUUUGAGAAGAUAGAUGAUGAAAAGAGCCCUGAAUGGUCCAAGUAUCUUGGACUUACAAAGAAAUUUGUCACAGACUCCAAUGCAGUAGCUCAACUGAAAGGACUGGAAGCAGCACUUGCUUAUGUUGAAAAUGCUCAUGUUGCAGGAAAAACAACUGGAGAAGUAGUGUCAGGAGUUGUAAAUAAAGUGUUCAAUCAGCCUAAAGCCAAAGCCAAGGAGCUAGGCAUAGACAUAUGUCUGAUGUUCAUUGAAAUUGAGAAGGGAGAAGUAGUGCAAGAAGAGCUACUCAAAGGCUUGGACAACAAGAAUCCCAAGAUCAUAGUGGCAUGUAUAGAGACCCUGAGGAGAGCACUAAGUGAAUUUGGUUCAAAAAUAAUUUUAUUAAAGCCAGUAAUCAAAGUGUUGCCAAAACUCUUUGAGUCUCGAGAGAAAGCUGUUCGAGAUGAAGCCAAACUCCUUGCUAUUGAGAUCUAUAGAUGGAUAAGAGAUGCUCUCAGGCCUCCGUUACAAAAUAUAAACUCUCUUCAGUUAAAAGAACUUGAGGAGGAAUGGGUCAAACUCCCAUCAUCUGCUCCCAAGCAGACCCGAUUCCUUCGUUCCCAGCAAGAAAUGAAAGCAAAGUUUGAGCAGCAACAGGCAGCUGGUGGGGAUGCAGAUGGAGGUGGAGAUGAUGGUGAUGAUGCUGUUCCACAGGUGGAUGCUUAUGAACUUCUGGAAGCUGUUGAAAUUCUCUCCAAACUUCCCAAAGAUUUCUAUGAUAAAAUAGAGGCUAAAAAAUGGCAAGAGAGGAAAGAAGCUUUGGAAGCAGUAGAAAUGCUGAUUAAAAAUCCCAAACUGGAAGCUGGAGACUAUGCAGACUUGGUGAAAGCCCUUAAGAAGGUUGUUGGAAAGGAUACCAAUGUGAUGUUGGUUGCUUUAGCUGCCAAAUGCCUUGCGGGACUGGCUACUGGACUCAGGAAGAAAUUUGGACAGUAUGCUGGUCACGUUGUCCCAACUAUCCUAGAGAAGUUCAAGGAGAAAAAGCCGCAGGUGGUGCAAGCCUUGCAAGAAGCCAUUGAUGCCAUCUUCCUUACAACUACAUUGCAAAACCUCAGUGAGGAUAUAUUGGCUGUGAUGGAUAACAAAAAUCCAACCAUCAAGCAGCAGACAUCCCUCUUCAUUGCAAGAAGCUUUAGUCACUGCACUCCUUCUACCCUUCCCAAGGCACUUCUCAAACCUUUCUGUGCUGCUCUUCUCAAGCAUAUUAAUGAUUCAGCUCCUGAAGUUAGAGAUGCAGCCUUUGAAGCCUUGGGUACAGCCUUGAAGGUGGCAGGUGAGAAAGCUGUGAAUCCUUUCCUGACAGAUGUGGACAAACUGAAACUUGACCGGAUAAAAGAGUGUGCUGAAAAAGUAGAGCUGGCUGGUGGUGGUAAAGUUGGUGGAGGAGCUGAUAGAAAAGAGAACAAGCCUGUUGCUGGGAAGGCUCCAGUUCUUUCAGGGGCUGCAGGGGACAAAGAUACAAAAGAAAAUUUAGCCAAAUCUGGUCCAUUGAAAAAGGCACCUGCUGCUAAGGCUGGUGGCCCAUCCAAAAAGGGUAAACAAAUCGCAGCUGGAGGGGCAGGAAUUGCUGGAACAAAAGGCAAGAAAGGAGCUGAAGUAAAGGAGAUAUUUGAACCAGAGCUCUCAAUAGAAAUGUGUGAGGAGAAAGCCUCAGCUGUUCUUCCAGCCGCGUGUCUGCAACAGCUAGACAGUGGCAAUUGGAAAGAAAGACUUGCUUGCAUGGAAGAAUUUCAAAAGGCUGUUGAGUUGAUGGACAGAGCUGAAAUGCCUUGCCAGGCUCUUGUAAGGAUGUUGGCAAAAAAACCUGGAUGGAAGGAGACCAACUUUCAGGUGAUGCAGAUAAAGCUUCGUAUAGUUGCCUUGGUUGCUCAGAAGGGAACUUUUUCCAAAACCUCUGCUCAGAUCGUGCUGGAUGGUCUUGUGGAUAAGAUUGGUGACGUGAAAUGUGGAAACAAUGCAAAAGAAGCACUGACAUCCAUAGCAGAGGCCUGUCAACUGCCUUGGACCGCUGAACAGGUGAUGUCCAUGGCCUUUUCUCAAAAGAAUCCAAAGAACCAGUCGGAAACAUUGAACUGGCUAUCAAAUGCAAUUAGAGAGUUUGGAUUUGCGGGGUUGAAUGUAAAGGCUUUCAUCAGCAAUGUUAAGACUGCUCUUGCAGCGACAAAUCCUGCUGUGAGAACAUCUGCUAUUACCUUAUUGGGUGUAAUAUAUCUGUAUGUCGGCCCACCUUUGCGGAUGUUCUUUGAAGAUGAAAAACCUGCUCUUCUUUCACAAAUAGAUGCUGAGUUUGAAAAAAUGCAAGGCCAAACACCACCUGCUCCAACUCGAGGCAAUUCCCGCAAUACUGUUGUCAGUGGGGAUGAUGGCGAAGAAGGAGAAGAACAGGAAGAUGCAGGAAAUGAUGUUGUAGAUCUCCUACCGAGAGCUGAUAUCAGUGAUAAGAUCACAUCUGAACUGGUGUCUAAAAUUGGCGAUAAAAACUGGAAAAUCCGAAAGGAGGGUCUCGAUGAAGUAACAAGCAUCAUCAACGAAGCCAAAUUCAUACAGCCAAACAUAGGAGAACUUGCACCUGCAUUGAAGAGUCGUCUCAAUGAUUCUAAUAAAAUCCUGGUACAACAAACUUUAACCAUCCUCCAGCAGCUGGCCACUGCCAUGGGCCCAAAUAUCAAGCAGCAUGUGAAAAAUUUGGGCAUUCCCAUCAUCACAGUCCUUGGAGACAGUAAGAACAACGUACGAACAGCUUCCUUAGUAACUGUGAAUGCCUGGACAGAACAAACAGGCAUGAAGGAGUGGCUGGAAGGGGAGGAUCUGUCUGAGGAGCUCAAGAAGGAAAACCCUUUCCUAAGGCAAGAGCUUUUAGGUUGGCUUGCUGAUAAGCUGCCCACUCUUCGCACUGUCCCAUCAGACUUGAUUUUAUGUGUGCCUCACCUGUACUCUUGCCUGGAAGAUCGGAAUGGAGAUGUCCGCAAAAAGGCACAAGAUGCAUUGCCUUUCUUUAUGAUGCAUCUAGGAUUUGAGAAGAUGGCCAAAGCCACUGGCAAACUGAAGCCAACUUCCAAAGACCAAGUACUGGUAAUGCUUGAAAAAGCCAAAGCCAACAUGCCUGCCAAACCUGCUCCACCUAAUAAAACAUCUUCCAGAGUGAUAGGAACAGCUCCAGCCAAAUCACAAGCUGCAUCAGGUUCUAGUGAAGAGUUUUCAUCCAGCGCUGUGGAGACCAAACCAGAUGCCAAAAAGCCUAAAGCAGGAGGAACUGCCCCUAAAACUAAGCCCUCUGAUGUUAAUACAAGCCCCACCAAAGGCAAUAGCAAUCUGACAAAGAACAGGUCUAGUAAACAGGGUAUACAAGGAAAGAAGGUACCAAGCAAGUCUAACUUGAAGGAAGAUGAUGACAGAUCUGGUCCAGUUUUUAUCUUAGUCCCCAAUGGGAAAGAGCAGAGGAUGAAAGAUGAAAAAGCAUUAAAGGUUUUGAAGUGGAAUUUCACUACCCCUCGUGAUGAAUAUAUUGAGCAAUUGAAGACUCAGAUGUCCAGCUGUGUUGCCAAGUGGUUACAAGAUGAGAUGUUUCAUGCAGAUUUUCAGCACCAUAACAAAGCUCUUAGUGUAAUGGUUGAGCACUUGGAGAUUGAGAAGGAAGGAGUGAUCAGCUGUUUAGAUCUGAUCCUCAAGUGGCUCACACUGAGAUUCUUUGACACCAAUACAAGUGUUCUGAUGAAGGCCCUGGAGUACCUCAAGUUGCUGUUUACAAUGUUGAACCAAGAGGAGUACCAUCUUACUGAAAAUGAAGCCACCUCCUUCAUCCCGUAUCUCAUCCUAAAGGUUGGGGAACCAAAAGAUGUUGUCCGUAGGGAUGUGCGUAGCAUUCUGAACAGGAUGUGCCUUGUUUAUCCAGCCAGCAAGAUGUUCAUUUUCAUAAUGGAGGGGACAAAGUCAAAAAACUCAAAACAGCGGGCAGAAUGUUUGGAAGAGCUGGGGUGUCUAGUUGAAUCGUACGGCAUGAAUGUGUGUCAGCCAACUCCAGGCAAAGCCUUAAAGGAAAUGGCAAUUCAUAUUGGUGACAGGGAUAAUACUGUCAGAAAUGCUGCACUCAACACCAUUGUAACUGUUUACAAUGUGCAUGGGGACCAAGUGUUCAAACUGAUUGGAAAUCUUUCUGAGAAAGACAUGAGCAUGCUGGAGGAACGAAUAAAGCGAUCUGCUAAGAGGUCAAAUGCUGCUUUAGCAAGGCAGGUGGAGGAGAAACCGCAACGCAUUCAGAGUGCCAAUGCCAAUGCCAGUGCUAACAUACUGCGCAAGGGACCUGCUGAAGAUAUGUCUUCCAAGCUCAACCAAGCACGUAACAUGGGUGGCCACCCAGAGACAACUCACGCUGUUCCGCGGGAGUUUCAGCUGGAUCUAGAUGAGAUAGAAAAUGAUAAUGGCACUGUGCGAUGUGAAAUGCCAGCACUUGUUCAGCACAAACUGGAUGACAUCUUUGAACCUGUCUUGAUCCCUGAACCCAAGAUUCGUGCUGUGUCUCCACACUUUGAUGAUAUGCACAGCAACACAGCUUCAACAAUCAACUUCGUUAUUUCCCAGGUAGCCAGUGGUGACAUAAAUACUAGUAUCCAAGCUCUAGCACAGAUUGAUGAGGUUCUAAGGCAAGAAGACAAAGCAGAAGCUAUGUCUGGCCACAUUGACCAGUUCCUAAUAGCUACAUUCAUGCAGCUCCGGCUUAUUUACAAUACUCACAUGGCUGAUGAAAAACUGGACAAAGAUGAGAUUGUCAAAUUGUACAGUUGCAUAAUUGGAAAUAUGAUUUCGCUAUUUCAGAUUGAAAAUUUAGCCAGAGAGGCAUCUGCGGGAGUGUUGAAGGACUUGAUGCAUGGCCUCAUUACUUUAAUGCUAGAUUCAAGAGUUGAAGAUCUAGAGGAAGGUCAACAGGUUAUCAGAUCCGUCAAUCUCUUGGUGGUUAAAGUUUUGGAGAAAUCUGACCAAACCAACAUUUUGAGGUAAAUCUGUGCAAAAUUCAAAAACCCAAGAGGGUCCUUCAUUAUGUUGCUGUAACCUUCUGCCACAAAACUGAGCACUUACUGUAAUUUGAGCACAUUUUCUUGGAGUACUUCACUGUCUCACUUGGUCUUCCUCAGAAUAAAUGACUUGUUGAUCCCUUCAAUUAUUGAAUAAAACAGAUUAGACUAAACAGUUUUUUCAG